AUGGAAGGGCGUGAGGAGGAGAGACUGUGUGGGAAAUGGAGGGUUGCUUGUGGCUUAUACAGUUACAACAUGAGGGAUAUCUUCACAUGGUGAGUAGCAUUUAAUGUUCCAGUAACACAUGUUAUAUGUGCUCCAGCUGACUAGGACACAGAGGACACUUUUAUACAUCUGAUUAGAGAAGAUAAAAAACAAUCUUGGGAACAACAGCAGGUACCCAAAGAUGCUUUUAAAAUCCUCCAAAGGAACCAAACAGGACAGUUUCAGAGUCUGAACUGAAGGGACAGUGAAAGUAGUGAAGUCCUGGGAUAGUAGGCUAUGGUGGCACAGUCCAUAAAUGGAUUUGUAAAUGAACUAUACUCAUAUUCAAAAGUGAACAGUGAUGACCAGGGAGUAAAAAGUACGAUGAUGUAUCAGGGUUUAAUGUCUCUUAUGAACCUCAGAUAGCCAGUAUCCAACAGAUGAGGUGAGCGAAUAAUGAUGGAUAUAAAUACUUUUCUUCUGGUCAAGAGGAGGCAAGAAGAUUGCAGCAACAAGUUGUUUAUUUGUCUUAAAGGAGGAAAAGGAUUAGUUUAUUGGAGGAACAUGAUUUUAAAGUCAGUUUUUUUUCACCAGAUUUUCAACAUGAAGUUUGAAAGAAAGGCUCUGAUCGCUCGUGAUUAGGCCUGUCGCGAUAAUCAAUAAAUCGCCUUAUCGCUCGAUAAAUAAAAACAAGGUCGGUCAUUUUGCCAGCCUCGAUAAUUGACGUGCGUUUGUUUUCCUCCUCUCUCGCUACCAAACACGCUGGAUGAGAGAAGAGGUCUCACUCUGCGCAUUUUUCUCGGCACCUGGGGGCGUUGGCUCUAUAGCGGAAUGAACGGAGUUAGUGAACCCUCCUGUCAGUCAUUCAGUGUCUUUGUCACGAGGGGGCUGGCGCGCACAGGCACACAGACACAGACUUUUGGAUACAGUGCUGCAAGUGAGCGUCGUGAGUGAAAAGCAAGCUAACAGAAUGAACACGACAGCUUUGGUGUCUAAACCGAACGCAACAGCCCAAGUGUGGGAAUAUUUCGGCUUUAAACCAGUUUUGUUUUCGUCAACCACAAAACUCUACGUGUGUGUGUGUGUGUGUGUGUGUGUGUGUGAAGCGUGUGUGUCUGUGUGUUGGAGGAGCACAGCAGGCUGAUGAGAGCUGUCAGAGCGGACUGAAGCUGCUCCUGUAUGUUUAGCGUUAAACUGACUGAGUUUUGCAACUCUGUUCGUCAUUUUCGUCUCGUCCCAUCAACGUAAACGCACUUUCGUCUCGUCACAUUUUAGUCAUCUCCGACUUAUGUUUAGCUCGUCAACGUUACGUCUUCGUCGUGGGAGAAAAGGGAAAUAUUUUAGUCAACGAAAACAACCAGUGUUGUUCUCGUGUGGAAAUUAAAGUUUAUCACUUUUGACAUGGUGUACUCGCAUUAUUAUGCCAUAUAAUAUCAUUAUCUAUAAUUUAAAAAAUGGUGUCAAUAAUAUCGUUUAUCGGCGAUAAUUUGUAGCACAAUUAUCGUCCAGCAAAAUUUGUUAUCGUGACAGGCCUACUCGUGAUGCAUAGGGAUUUGUAAUAAGCUACCAACACAAUACACAUACUCUCUGCAGAUGGAAAGCAAGGGAGAACUGCUGGCACAUCACCCCUAAUCUCCUGUCUUGCAAAACUUUGCACUGCAGUUAAAAAAGGCAGGUGAAUGGAAAAAAGCUUAAAUGCUGGAGCUAGAGAUAAAACCCAAACUUUAAAACAACAAUCAAACUUUCCUGCUGUAAAUCACUGACUCGUUGUUAUUCUGGGUCAUCUUCAUGGUCAUCUUCAUCUUCAAUAAUCCCCCUGAAACUUUUUACCUAAAAGAUAAAAGUGCACCUAAUAACAAAAUAGUAAUAUGUGCGAUCAAUCUGUAGGUGUGGUUAAAGGUGCAGAGAAGACCACCCUUUACUACAGUCUAAAAGAUGCUUGGAUCAUCUUCUUGGAAGGGCUGCCAAACACUGCUCUCAGCCUGGUAUUAAGUUUUUCACAUAAUCAUCAUUAUGUAGAAGAAAGUAAUUUUUUAAUACUUAAUGCUGCAAAUAUGGGUUUUGAUGAUUCACAAAGCCUCAAAACCUGCUUUUUUACACAGAGCUUUACAACUUUUCUAGGAAAUGGUGUCGUAUGUUUGGCUUCCGCCUCUGCAAUGAAAUGAUACUGAGAAAUCCAAGAUAUGACAGAUGGGUAGGGGAAUGACCAUUGAAAUUGAUUUCAUCAGGCAUGCAGUGAAGGAUCACAAAGGAUCACUCACAACAAUUUAAAGAUUAAGAGCAUCAGAAUGAUCUAAAAUGAGUUAUUUUGGGGUGAGAUGGUUGUUAAAUAUGGCCAUGAGGUGUGUCCUUGUCAGCCCAGACUUGAGUACCUCCACAGGGACAAAUUCAUAUAGUAAAAGUACUGCACAAUAUGAGUCAACUCACGCAAAGGGAAUACAUUAAAGCAAAGUAUGGUGUCAAAGGGGGUCCAUUCUGUCAGAUUUUACUAUCUCAUGUAAUAACUGGUCCCCAAAUGUUCGCACUGACUCUGUAGGCAACUGCUGAAGACCAUAGUAAUGGGUCAGGUGUUAUCCCUGCUGAUCUGUGGGACAGCAGUGAGCUCUCAGUACCUGGCCGACUACAAGGUGGAGACACCCAUGCUGCAGAGCUUCCUCAACUACGUCUUGCUGCUAAUCGUCUACACAACCAUCCUCUGCAUCCGCAAAGGUCAGGAUAUGUGGACUUUCAAAUGUUUUCACGGCUGGUGAAGGUUUAAUGUUUCUGCUGUUUAUUAUUAUUUUCAACAAUCUUCUGUGUUUCUACAGGUGACAGGAACAUCAUAGAGAUCUUAAAAACCAAGUGGUGGAAGUACCUGCUGAUGGGUCUGGCAGAUGUGGAGGCAAACUAUGCAGUUGUAAAGGCCUACCAGUUCACCACGCUGACAAGUAUACAGGUAAAAGAAACAAGUCAUGGCUCAUCAGAUGGUUGAUGCAGGAGAAUAGUAGAAUGGAUGUGUUUGUUUGAUUUCACUGUAAAAUGUUACGAAAAUGAUUAAAAAUGGGGAUUGUAGUCAUGGAUGUUAUAAAGCUUCUAAUUAUCUGGUUGUUAAAAGUUAGAAAAAAUCAAAAUGGUCCAAAUUGAAUUUGAUUUAACUAACACAACAAACAUGUGCCAGCCACAUUGUCUUCUUGUAAAUAUACACUUACGCACACAAGCCGCUCAGAUACCAGUAAAGUCAAACAUACACACUCUUCUCUGGGAGUCUCUGAGCUCCAUCUUGCCGUAGCUUCCUCUGGGUUGCUGUUGCAGCUGUUUGCUCCCGUGGACCUGUCUGCUUUCUGGCUGCUUCAACUACAUGCAUCAGUCUCACCUCUGUCCAUCUCUCUCAUUCUGUAUCAGUCUAUAAAUGGCAUUAUAUAAAUAAAAUUGCUGGUUUCUUUUUGUGUUGUGUUUUUGUGUGUCUCAGCUCCUGGACUGUUUUGUGAUCCCAGUGCUGAUGAUUUUGUCCUGGAUCUUCCUGAAGACUCGCUAUAAGCCGGUCCACUUUUUAGCUGUGAUUGUGUGUUUGUUUGGGGUUGGGGCCAUGGUGGGAGCUGAUAUCAUAGCUGGGAGAAACCAGGGAUCCAGUAAGGAAAAUACUUUUCCCAUACGCAAAAGUUUCAUAUCAGUUAUCAUAAUUGUUGUAUAUAUUAAUUGCAUAUUGAAGGUAUAAAUUCUGCUCUGUCUUUGUGCAGGUAGUGAUGUGAUACUUGGAGAUGGCCUGGUCCUGCUUAGCGCUUUCCUAUAUGCUGUAUCUAACGUGUGCCAGGAGCACACCGUGAAGAACCUGAGCCGGAUCGAGUUCCUGGGCAUGAUGGGACUGUUCGGGACCGUCAUCAGUGGCAUACAGCUGUGAGUUACAUUUUGUAUCCUUUUCAUUUUGAUUCAAGACAAGAAGUAAAAAUCUUCUAGAGAUUUAAUAUUUAACUGUGAAACAUAAGUUUGAACCACAGUCGCAGCGGCAGUUUUGGUGUGAAUGUUUGCCAUAAGUAGAAGUUAAAGACUACUUUUGGGCAUAUUACACAUAUGUGGUUCCGCCUGAACUGUCCGGUCACAAAGUACAACAAGGCAUCUACGAGAGUUAUAACAAGAUUACUGCAAAACUAUUAGCUGUGGAUAAAAGCGCGACUACAUUUCGUCUAUGUCUCCAAAGUUGGAAAAAUCCAAAUAAAGCCUUCUUGUUUGUUUGGUUUGAUGAAUCCAUGAAACCGCCUUAAAUGUUCCCCUGAUGUCAAAGAUAUCUUAGACAUAACCAAGCGGUAAAUUUGCUGUUUUCGGAGCAUUAGUGUGUGAAGAAACCACUUCAUAGAACUCCUCUGCAGAAAAGGUGCAGUAAAGUGGCUGCAUAAUGCUGGUAGUGCUUCAGGGAACUUUUGAAACUUUUAUGUGAAAAAUAAAAAAAAUCCUGCAGAAAUCCUUGAAAAAUGUCACGUUUUAAAAGCUUUCACCACAAAUCUGAAUCAGUUUUGGUCUAACUAUUGUAGGUUGAUAAAACUCAGUUGCACCUGGAUAUAUUAAAACAUUUUUCCCAUAAACAUGGUUUACAUGAAUCAAAUGCUGCACACCUUUGUUCAAGUCUAAGGUGUUUCUCCUUUAAAUGAAGGGUAAAACAUUUUCACUCACCAUGGUUAACUUUGCCUUAUUAUUCUCUUUGCAGAGCUGUUCUUGAAGUCAAGGCAGUAGCAGCGAUAAAGUGGGACCUUCACAUUUGUAAGUUAACUUGACAUCUUGUAACAUCAGUCAGAAUCACAAACAGUUGAACACCACUCCGUUGUCUCUGAUUAAAUUUGUUUCGUCGUGUUCUGCAGCGAUGCUGUUUGCAGUCUACGCUCUGUGUAUGUACGCUCUGUACAGCUUCAUGCCUAUAGUGGUGAAGUUGACCAGCGCCACAGCUGUGAACCUCUCUCUGCUUACUGCUGACCUAUUCAGCCUCUUCUGUGGCAUCUUCCUCUUCCACUACACAGUGAGUGUGAAACGGAAACAACAAUGAUUUCCAAACUAUGACGCACAUAUGGUAUUUGGAUUAGGGAAACCAUCAUAUAAUUCAAGCUUUUUCCUUACUGUGUUAAAUAAAAAAAGUGAAAGGGAUGUUAAAGAUGUGAUAUAUUAUCCCGGAAAUUAGAAAAGCAGUCGUUCUCAUCUAUCUCUAUGUUGUGUUUCUUCCACAGUUUUCAACCUUGUACAUCAUCUCCUUUGUGGUCAUCACUGUGGGCUUCAUCAUGUUCAACGCUGUCCCCACAUACUCGGCUCUGCCCGACUCAGGCUCCAGUGAUGAUGAAGACCCUACUGAUGACGCCGCUGAGAACUCCAGCCGCCUGCUGUCUGACCACCAGAGGACUGAGACAGUCACAGCUGUUGCUGCGCUGUGA